GCCGGGGUGUCCCGGAACUGCGGACACUCGGGGCCGGGAGAGGGGCGGUCCCGGUCCCGGUCCCUCCUGCCGGGGACGGCCGCUGGGGCCCGAGGUGGGACGGGUACUGAACGGGCGCACUGGUACCGACCCCGACCCGCGUUACCGGGACCAUGGAGGGGCUGGCACGGUGCCAGCACGAGGCUGAAGAGGUGGCGGAGCUGAUGCGACAGAACAUGGCACGGGCACUGGAGCGGGAGGGGCGCUUGGAGCAGCUGCAGAGCCGGGCCCAGGACCUGCGACAAGCGAGCGAAGCCUUCACACGCACCACACAGACAGUGACACGGCGCCAGCGCAGGGGACGGCGGCGGUGGCAGCUGGUGGCCCUCAGCCUCGGCCUCCUSAUCCUCUUCAUCCUGGGUCUGGCACUGGCMCUGGCCCUGGCACGGUCAUCCCCUGGGACUGCCACCAGCACUGUGCCCACCCCACGGGCAGGGACCAAGCACCCCCCUGACACUGCGGGGACCCUGCUUGGACACUCUGAUGACAGAGCACCGCGAGGACCCCUGGGAGGGCCCUASAAGAAAUAAACACCAGCAGUUGUUUGGGAAGACCCUACAAUAACAAACCAGUGGGGCGAUCUUGAAGGAGACCCUACAAUAACAUUAAAAAACGAGUGGGGCAAUCUU